AUGGUGCCGCCGCCUACUGCCCCUCCCAAAAAACCCAGCCGCCGACGUCUCGCCCCUGUCGUUGGGCUCACGCCAAUUGCGCCACCAAGGAAGAAAAAAGCGGCGGAGCAGAAAUAUUACGCGGUGAAGGAAGGGAAGCGGCCUGGUAUCUAUCACACAUGGAGUGAUUGUCUGGCUCAAGUCAAGGGACACAAGGGUGCUGAGUUCAAGGCUUUUCAAUCUCUUCAUGAGGCUCAGGCUUUUAUGCAGGGAAGGCCCCUCCUAAACGGCCACGAUAAUGGACUGCAAAGGUUCUACGGCGUCCAAAGUGGAAGAGUCCCUGGGGUGUACACCGAUUGGUCCCAAGUGCAGGCUCAGAUUCGAGGGUUCCCCCAUGCCAGACAAAAGAAAUUCAGAACCCGGGAAGAGGCAGAAGUGUUCGUGGCUGCGGGUGCAAAAGCUUCGGUCUCUGGCUCUCAGCGCGCUGGCGCCCCUCAGGCGGACAUACGUCAAUUGGUAGCCCGCAAGUCGGCACCCGGGUUACAAGACACCGUCAUGGGUUCUGCGACAGACCAAGAUGCAAACCCUGAUGAGAUCAGCCGGGGUUUUGGGGACGAAGAUAAAUAUGACACCAAUAUCAGGGUGGGUCCCGGCAACACCAUUAUCAAUCGAGCGGAAGAAGAGCAGAUCAGAGCCAAAGUGAAGUCUGAGCAACAGGAGUCUCCAGGCAUGCUUCGCAUCUAUACGGAUGGGUCAGCUCUGGGGAACGGUGCACCAGGUGCAAAGGCAGGGGUGGGCGUGUUUUUCGGGCCUCAGAAUCCACUGUAUGCCACCUCUCCAUCCAAGCCGAACUCUCAAUACAAGCCCCAACCCACGCGUUACACUGUGUCCAAAAAGCCACAAAUUGUUUAUACAAUGGAUUGGGCCGCUCGUCAGCUCGGUUCUGGCGAUGGACAAGCCAAGAAACGGCUAGCCGGCGAGAUGGAUGACGAUAAAACGCGAACAAGGAAAGCAAAGCUAACGGACUGGCGUUACAGAAAUGUCUCCGAGACUCUGGAAGGCGACAAACAGACCAACCAACGGGCCGAAUUGACUGCCAUCCUCCGAGCAUUGGACAUCGCACCCCGGCACCGAGAGGUGACCAUCUACACGGACAGCAGAUAUGCCAUCGAUUGUGUGACGAACUGGUACCGAAACUGGAUCAAAAAUGGCUGGGUCAACUCCAAAGGGAUAGCUGUCGUGAACAAAGACGUGGUGCAGAGGAUUCGCGAUAGAAUCGAAGAAAGGGAGCGCCUCGGCAAGCGCACAUUGUUUGUGUGGGUUAAAGGUCACUCGAAUGAUCCAGGUAAUGUUGCGGCGGACCAUCUGGCUGUGCAAGCCGCGAUGAGGGCGAAUGCAGCGUUACCCGCAUCGGCAGCCCUUCCUGAAAUAAACAACGCGGGUGACUCGAGCGACUCGAGCGACUUUGGCGAGUAUUCAGUAGCGGAGGAAGACGAUGAUGCGGCAUUCCAGUCGAUGGUCGACUAUGGUCGUUAA